AUGGAUCACGAAGGUACAGAAUUGGUAGAAGCGUACGACUACCUAUUCAAGUUCAUCGUGAUAGGCGAAGCUGGAACGGGGAAAUCAUGCUUGCUAUAUCACUGUAUACAUGAACAAUUCAAGGAAAACUCUGCACAUACGAUAGGAGUGGAAUUCUCGUCGAGGACGUUGAGGAUAGGCGAUAGGAAUAUAAAGCUGCAGCUAUGGGAUACAGCAGGCCAAGAGAGAUUCAGAAGUGUGACACGCUCGUACUAUCGAGGAGCGGCUGGAGCUAUACUAGUUUAUGAUAUAACAUCACGGCAGUCCUUCGUCAAUCUGAGUCGAUGGUUAACGGAUUGUCGAGCAUUAGCUUCACCUCAUCUGGUGAUGGUGUUAGUAGGGAAUAAAUUGGAUAAAGAGGAAGAUAGGGAAGUUGAAUAUGCCGAAGGGUCAAGGUGGGCUCAGGAGAAUGGACUACUAUUUGUCGAAGUAUCUUCCUUAAAUGGUACGAAUGUCAUGACACCUUUCCUCCUAGCUGGUCGAACGAUUCUAUCCGCUAUAGACGCUGGUACCCUCGACCCCGACUCGGCAGGUACAGGUAUAAGUUACGGCGAGAGGCAGCUGAGAGCAGUGGGCAGUAGUUCGAGGUUGUCCACAGCGUUUUAUGGGAGCGUGAGGAAGAAACGAAGGAGGGAUAGUGUGAGUCUUAGGGACAUGGUAGGAGCGAGUCAGAAGUGUAGCUGUUAG